AUGGCAGAUUAUUAUGCCAAGGUGUCUGGCAUUGCCUUUAUUGCCAUUGGGUCAAUGUCGCUCACGACAUACACAGAGAUAGCGACUUUCACGGGUAGUGCCCUGUCCCGCACCUCCAUGUUUCUUAUUGCAGAGGGCAUCGUUGUAGUGGGCAUCACCGUCUCGGUCAUCUCCUUCCUUGGGUGCUUCGGGGCGCGGACCGACAGUCGCUCCCUUCGGGCCUCAGUGAGUAACAUCCAAUUCAUUAGACCUACUGCAUUUUUUGCCCUGUUGGAAUUAACGCCUUCACACCUUGUGGUCACCAGGACCAGAAUUAAAGAAAGCCCCAUGAGCUUGCAAUACUUAGAAAUACUUUGCAAUAACACAUUUUCUUUGCUCUGCCAUUUAAUAAUGCAUUUCACUGAGAUCCUUGUCAUGAUCCUGACCAUAGAGAUUGUAGCAGGGAUUUCCCUGUAUGUCCUUCGAAGUAAGGAUAAUCAAAAGAAAGCACGCUCCGUGAUCUCAGAGUACAGCGUGAAGAACAGACCUGUCAUAGAUGAUGUUCAGGAUGAGUUCCACUGCUGUGGUGCAGAGAACUACAUAAACUGGUUCCGCAGUAAGGGCUGGGGCAACAGAAGCUCAGUACCAGACUCAUGCUGCCUGGUGGAGUAUGAUUUCUGUGGCCACGUCAUCAGUAAAACCACUGUCUUUGGAGCCUUGCUUGGGAUGUGUCUAUUUCAAGACUUGAGACGAAGAAGCUACGAAAAAAUGUACUUAAAAAUUAUACUAUCAUGACAAAUUCCACACACCUGCUACUGUUAGUAAGAUGUUGAUACUGUGUUUGCUUGGUGUGCUUUCUGGCCACAUGUAUUUUACCCUGUCAUUGGAAAUUUUAACCUGUCUUGAAAUGUAUUAUUUGUUUAGGAAUAAAGUUUAUUUGAUGA